AUGCUCAUCUUUCUGCUGCAAUUUCUUUUUUCCCAAUCCGCAUAUGUAAAUACCACUUACCCUUAUAGCUGCUUUACAGAUGGCUCCUUUUGUUCUUACUAUAAUCUAAAUGACGGCAUCUGUGACCCUCUCUGUAUGUCAGCCCCUUGCAACUACGAUUCUUACGAUAUGUCCACUUUAACAUACGAAGAAAGAUUUUCCAAAUCAGACUGCUUUGACUUCUGCGUCCAAAAUGGCUGCAACACCACUGAACUUUCCAAUGGAAUCUGCGAAAAUAACAACUGUAAUACUGCUGAAUGUGGCUGAGAAUUAGGCGACUGUGGUUUUUGCAAUCAAAAUUGCUUUGAAAAUAUGCUAGGCGAUGGAGUUUGUGAUGAAGAAUGCAAUACUCGUGCUUGCAUGUAUGAUAAUAAUGACUGUGGAUGAUGUGCUGAAAGCUGUUUUAAGGGUGAGACGUGCAGCAGGGCUGGUGAAGCAGGAGUUGAUAGAAGGCUUGGACGGGGCUGACCCGUGCCAAGAUGGCUCGCCUACGUCAUCAGUUUUGCCAUAGGCCCUUUUGGGCUGCGGCACUAGACACCUUAAACACCAGAUAAUUAAGUAAGUAAGAAAGCUGUUUUUUUAAAGAUGAUUUAUAUGGAAAUUCAACGGAAUGCAAAAAGGAAUGUGAUAAUAAAGAAUGCCUAUAUGGGAACUAUAAAUGCACAGAUAAAUUUUGUGCCCCAGAUUGCCCGCCUGACUACUUAAAUGAUACUGUUUGUGAUAUAGUCUGCAAUAAUGAAGACUGCAAUUGAGAUAAUGGAGACUGCUUAUGUUCCCCGAACUGUACUGAAACUGCAUUAAAUGAGAUAGAUUGUAAGGAAAAUGACCCUUGUGAUAAUAAAAAUUGUAAUUUUAAAAAUAAAAUCUGUGGAGAUUGUGCAAGUGGGUGUUUUAAUAGUAUGCUUGGCGACGGGACUUGUGAUGAAAAAUGCAAUAAUUUUGACUGUGAGUAUGAUUAUGGAGACUGUGGGUGUGCCCCAGGGUGCAGCUCUUAUUACAAUUUUACAAUGCAGGAUUGAGUAUGAGACAUGUCUGACCCAUGCAAAGAAAGCUGCCUUGUACCAAGCUGCUUAUAUAAUUAUGGAGUCUGCAAUGACGAUUUUUAUAUCCAAAGAUCAAUUAUUUACCAAGUCAUAACAAAUAACCAGUCAGCUUAUUUUCAAAAUUCGACCUGUAUGGAAAAAAAUGAAAAAUGUACUGAAGAUAUAAUGAGAAAGGAAAAUAAAGGAAAAAAAUGUGGCCAAAAUCAGGAAUGUGAUAUUAAGGAGUGUGGGCUUUGUAUGGGGUAUUUAACUGAUAAAGAUACGUGUUCAAAUGGAUGCAUGAGGUGUGGAGAAGAUAUAAAUCAAUGCAUUCAGUGCAACGGGCUACAAGUUUGUGGGAAUUGUAUAGCUAAUAUAUAGGAAUUGCCCGAGGAUGGCGCUAUCUUGCGCCAUCCUCGGGCAAUUGAAAAAAUGGCCCCACACUGGGAAUUGAACCCACGUGUGGGGCCAUUUUUGGUGCGUGGAAGUCGAUGUUCUACACACACCAAAAAUGGCCCCACACGUGGGUUCAAUUCCCGGUGUGGGGCCAUUUUUGAAUUGCCCGAGGAUGGCGCAAGAUAGCGCCAUCCUCGGGCAAUUAGUAUAUCAUGCCCUCCUGGGUUUAUGAAAUAUGAAAAUUUUACUGCUUGGGAUUUGUGCUUACCAGUUCCUAAAAAUAACAACCAUAAAUUUUUCGAAAAUAUUUGAGUGAGAGCUCCAAAUAAAAAUGAGACUGAUAAUAUAGGAAGUGGGACUGAAAAAAAUCCGUAUAACUCUCUUUCAUAUGCGUUUAUGCAUGUUUCUCAAAAAUAUACAAAAAUUAAUCUCUUCAACGAUAGCCAUCCUUAUUUAAGACCUAGCUACCAAAACCCCCUUGCACAAAGCCCUUAUGACCCUUUAAUGAGAAGCAUCAACCUAAACUGGAAACUAAUCAUCAUUCAAAGCGCUAAUAAGAACAACCCAGCAAUGAUUUCUUUUGAAGAACCCCGCAUGAUGAUCCACUCCAAUGCCAAAAAAUUAGUCAUCAGCGACAUCUAUAGCUCAUGCACCUUAAUAGAUCUCUAUACCCCAGCAGAAUGCCCACCAGAAAAAAUAUGGUACAGGGCACCUGCAUUAUACAGUAUAAGUCUGAUUAGGUACCUUAAAACCAUAAAUGGAGACUUGUCAUUUUCGUUUUUACUUUUUCAAAAAAGCUGAACUGCACAAAUUAAUUUUGGAAGUUAAAAUGGAUGGCCAAUAAUGAUCUAAAUAUUUUCAGGGGCUAUAUUUAUCAGGCCAAAAAUCAUUAAAGCCGAACUGCACCUUCAAAAACUGCACCUAUUGCCCCUAUUUUUUAACACCUGAUGGAAAAUGAUAUAUGAACGACCAAUAUUAUAUAAUCAAAAACAUUACAGAUUUUCCUCAAAAUUGCACAGAUAAUUAUGAUUUAAUUAUUAUCCAAGUCGACAGUGGCUCAUCAUUGGAAAUUUCCAGUUCAUUUAUUACGAAUUUUCAAGAGCAGUAUAAAGCUUUUAUUAUGUCAAUGGGGUCUGUUAACCUUACUAACGUUACUUUUUAUAGGAUGCAGGCUAGUCCUUUACCUCAGUCAGCAAUUAUUGUGAUGAACUGUCUUACAAAUUGUAAAGGAGUGUCUUUUAAUUUUAAUACUGGCAGUGUUUACUAUAUAAACUGAGGCUACGAGUACCGAGAUGGCUUAGAACAAAGCGGAUUUUUUUAUUCAAAUGGCAUAGAUAGUGUCAUUAUAUAUAAUGUCACUUUUGAGUACAACAUGGCAAUCAGCGGGUUUUCUGCUAACAAUUUCAAUAAAUUUAUAGAAAUUAUCAACUCUAUAGGAGUUGUUACCAUUGAUAACUGCUGGUUUGGCAUAAAUCUGGUGAAUUAUUUAAUUUAUAUAGACUCCCAAUCUUUAGCAUACACAGACUAUGAUCUUGAUAAAACCUACACAGCCCAUGUAUAUGACCAAAUCGCUUUUUCACUUACAAAUACCCAAAUUCUUUCUAUUUACAGCUAUUUGACACUUAUAACUCAUCUAAUGGGACAUGCUACCCAAAAUAUCAACAUAGACACCGUCAAUUUCUCCAACAUCACAGCAGGAGGAAACGGGCUUUUAUAUAUUGAUAGUCAAAAUAAACUGACAAAAUCUGAAUAUGACGGAGAGGUUAGUUAUGUCACAAGUGCAGGGGUAAGAGCUUCAGUUAUAAUAAACAAAAGAUCAAUAAAUGUGACUAGCGUAAAUAUCAAUUAUGUGUAUAGUGGAUAUUAUUUGCUACAUAUAGGACAGAUGCCGAAUGUAAAAAUAUCAAAUUUAAAUGUGGAGAAUUCAGGUGACGGCUAUAAACUAGCACCAAAUGAUCAGGUACUUGAGCAGAUAAUUAAUGAUCCUGAUUCUUAUAUACUACACCCUUUAUUUGACUAUGAAAUUGCAGACGCAAGCUGUACCUAUGGAAUCCAUAUUACUCACCCUUAUAGAAUUUCAAUAACUGACACUUAUAUACGAAAUAGUACCUGCAAAGCUAAUUCGGGAGGUAUUUAUAUAUCUGAUGGAGAUGGGGAUUCUUACUUGAAUCACACAACAGUUUAUGAUAUGAAUAAUAAUAUUUCCUCUGGAGCUGCUAUAGAAAUGAAAAAUAUAGCUGGAACUAUGGAAAUUUAUUCACUUUAUUUUUCAGAAAUCGCAUAUCCGAGUGGAGGAGGACUGAGGGUUUCUGAUUCUAACAAUUUUACAAUAAAUACCAUUUAUGCCCUUAAUGUUCUUACUGGAUUUGAAGGGGCUUUAAAUUUCGAUAGAAUCAUUUAUCUAAAUAUAACAGAUUUUACAUGUGAAAACUGCGAAACAUUCAGUGGAAAUGGUGGCGCUUUAGGAUAUUCUCCUAAAUUUUUGAAUCUUGCUUAUCCUGUAUUACAGCUGACCAAUUCUUCUUUUACCAAUUGCACUGCGCUAAGUGGUGUAGGUGGAGCAAUUUAUAUAGAAAGUGUCAGCUGAAACGUAGCUAUUGACAUCUUUAUUUCUGAUAUCUCUAUAGAUUCAUGCCGAAGUAGUAACGGAGCCGGAAUUUAUAUAUCAAACAGAAUUUCUUUUCAUAAUGCGACUAUAAAAAAUAUCAAUAUUACCAGCUCAUGGUCAGAAAAUGGAGCUGUGUUAUUCGAUGGGCAUUAUAAUGGGUUUCUUUUAAUCGAUAAUUAUCAAGCAAAACAAAACAAAGGGAUUUACUGUGGGUUUCAAGGCCUUUAUUCAUCAGAUGGACUUAUAUUAGGAAUUUUUAAUACGUCUUUUGAUAAUUGCACUUGUGAUGGGAUGACGAUGUAUAUAAGUUCAUGGACUUUGGGCACCACAAUUUGAAUAGAAAACACUAAUUUUACUCAGACUUAUCCUGUAAGCCUUUAUGUCUCAAAAUCAGUUGUAAUUGGAAAUAAUUUAUAUUUUUAUAAAAAUUAUAACUCAUUGAAAAUAAGUGAUUAUGGCCAAGCAACAAUAACCAAUGCGACAUUUCUAAAUAAUGAAGGAACCUCUGCAUAUAUCACACUUUCAAGUACACUUGCAUGUACAAACUGCCAAUUUCUGUCAAAUUCUAUUGAUUCUACAAUUGUCGUUGAUCAGCAGUCAUCAAUAACUAUACAAGAUUCUUCAAUUGUAAGAAAUAACGUAAGCUCGCCAGGCUCAGUGGCAAAUAUUCAAGGUUCACAGCAGGUGAGCACGAUUUAUAAUACUACAAUUAUGAAUAAUUAUUCACAAUUAGGAGCAAAUAUUGAAGUAAUUAACUCGAUUUUGAAUAUUAUUUAUUGCUAUUUUUCAGAAAAUUUAAGCGGCUCUGUAAUUCCUGGAAUUAAUGCAAAUGCAGCUAAAAUAUAUAUAAAUGCAACCUUGUUUGAAAACCAAUAUGGAACGAUGGGUUCUUUUCUCUAUUUAAGCACUGUCAGUGAAGCUACAAUUGAAAAUUCUGAGAUGCGAAAUGGAACUUCUGAACAAGGAGGAGCUAUUUUAAUCUUACUGAGUUCUUUAAAUAUUACAAAUUCGCUAUUUUCAGACAACUUAUCUCAGCAAGGAGGAGUAAUCAAUGGUAUAACUGGGGCUAGCAUAGUUAUAAAAGGCUCAGAAUUUAAUAAUUCCUUUGCUCUUUUAUCAGGCGGCAUAAUUUAUUCCAAUUCGGGGACCUUAGAUAUUUCUCAUAGUUCAUUCGAAACUUUUAAUGCUACAGGAAUUUAUGCUUUUGGCUUAUCAAGGAUUAAUAUAGACAAUACUUUAUUUAGAUAUGGCCUCGGAGAUUAUGGAGGUGUAUUAUAUUCAACCAACACCUUAUCAUGUAAUAUGGAUACAGUUACAUUUGCAAAUAAUACAGCAUGAACUCUUGGGGCAGCUAUUUUUUUCGAAAGGCAAGAUCAAAAUCUAGAAAUUAUCCCUUAUAAUAUUACCAAUACUUAUUUUUUGUAUAAUUCAGCUUAUUUCGGUGGAGCAAUUUACUCAGACAGUGUUUCAAUUAAUUUUACUAAAAGUAUAUUUCUAGAAAAUUAUGCAAAUUCAACUGGAGGGGCUGCAUUUUUAAGAAACAGCUUCGGCGCAACGUAUGAGAUUCAAGAAGGAAACAUAUUUUAUUCAAAUAUAGCUGGAAUUGAGGGUGGAGCAAUAAAAUGGGAUGGGACAAGGCCCAUAAUAAAUUCGAGCAAUAUUUGGUAUAAUAAUUUUGCUGAAUAUGGGAAUGAUAUUGCAAGCUACCCUGUCACUAUGCAAAUGGUGACCCCUUUUCCAGGAAGAUAUCUUGCAGAUAACUAUAUAGAUGGAAUUCCGAUUGUAGGGACCAUUAUAAAUGUAGCCCCAGGGCAAGUGUUCCCACAGCCACUUAAAAUUGAACUAAUAGAUCAGUAUGGUAAUCUAGUAAAUACUGAUAGUACAAGUAUUGGUAAUUUAAAGGCCUAUAAUUCCACAACUGCUAUUUCCGGCGUCACAGAAAUAAUUGCGCAGCAUGGUAUUUUUAACUUCUCAAAUUUCAUUAUUUCCGAAACCCCAGGAUCCAUCGCCAUGAUAGAAAUCUCGACCUCUUCAAUUGACCCAGAAAAGCAGAUAUCCUCCAAUGACUUCACAAACUAUUACGGCACAGUUGUGUUACGAAUUAUGCUGAGAAAUUGCACAUCAGGAGAAUAUGAUACAGGAUCUACCUGCCAAAAAUGUGAAAAAGGAAAAUACAGCUUAAAUCCUAGCACUGAAUGUAAGGCUUGCCCUGAUGGAGCCAAAUGUCUUGGAGGGUCUGUUUUAUUAAUGAAGUCUGGAUAUUGGAGAUCGUCAGGGAAAUCAGAUAAAAUUUAUAAUUGUCCUAAUAGUAACGCAUGUGCAGGGUCAGCUGAUAAUAAUGAUCUGACAGGAUCAUGCGAAACAGUCUAUUAUGGGCAUAUGUGCCAAGCUUGUGAUGAAGGCUACUCUGGGACUUCAAAUAAUAUCUGUAUUAAAUGUCCUGGGGAAGCUGGAAAUAUAAUUGUUCUUAUUUUAAUUGGAACUGUUUUACUUUUAGCAUGUGCAGUUAUCGUAAAAUCUACUUUGGAAUCAGCAUAUCAGCCACAAAAUGUUUAUUCGGUGUAUUUAAAAAUAUUCACAAAUUAUAUUCAACUUGUGUUUUUAAUAACCCAGUUUAAUUUAAAGUGGCCUGACUAUGUUACUGAGCUUUUUAACAUACAAUCGAACACUGCUACUAUAUCAAGCCAAAUUUUUUCUCCUGAGUGUUUUUUAAGACAGAAUGGGGCUUCAUUGGAAAAUUCGUAUUACCAGAGAAUUAUUGUGCUGGCUGUUUUACCUCUCAUCCUAUGAGCAGGAGCAUUUUUUAUAUGGCUAGGAGUUGCUUAUAAAACGAAAAGAUGGAAUGUACUAAGAAGAGAGCUCAUAGCAAGUAUGGUAGUUUUGCUAUUCAUAGUCCAUCCAAAUAUUAUUGUAGCUAUGUUUGGGAUGUUUUCUUGUGAACAUAUUGAUGGGCUAGGGUUCUGGCUCCAACAAAACUUAGAAAUUAAAUGCUGGGAAGGCAAGCACUUAUAUUAUGCACUUUUAAUCGGCUUGCCGAGCAUAAUUAUUUGGGGACUCACAAUGCCUGCAAUUGUGCUAUUAAUUAUGUUCAAAAGUAGAAAAAAACUGUCGAAGCGUAAAAAUAUGCUUAAAUUUGGAUUUUUAUUUAUAGGCUAUAGAAGAAAUAGGUAUUACUGGGAAUUUUUGAUUUUAUAUAGAAAAAUCACAAUAAUUUGUAUAGCAGUUUUUAUAUUUUCCAAACAAAUUCAAGCUCUUACAGUUUUAUUUAUUUUAUUGAUCUCUUUUGCAGCACAGUCUAAUCAGCGUCCUUAUAUUUUAAGCCAUCUAAAUAAUAUGGAAACCCAAGCUAUUUUAAUAUCAACUUUUACAAUUUAUUGCGGACUUUAUUAUUUAACUGAUGAUAUUGAAGAGAUUUCUCGAGUGUUGUUAUUUGUUUUUAUUAUCAUAGGAAAUUUAUAGCAUUUUAUUUUAAAUAAUUUUAUUUUUUAUAUUUUUAAUAAACAAAGUAUAUAUAUAUAUUUAGGUAUAUAUUUUAUUUUAUAUUGGCUUUAUUAUAUGACAAAAGCUGCGAUUGAUAUUAUUAUUAAAUCUGUCCCAUAUUUAAGAAAUAAAUACAGAAAAGAUGAGCUCCCGCAAAAUAUCCUGCCAAAUGAAGCAUUAAUAAGAGGUGCAUAUAUUGACCCAAAUGAUGGAAAAUUGAAAUAUUCACUUAUCCAGAUGCCACGUGAUAAAAUUGAGUUCCCAGUCGAAAGAUAUCCUGAUAUGAAAUCACUAUAUCUUGCAGAUCUUGAAAGACGGUCAGACCAAGCUAACCAGCAAGAAAGCUAG